AUGUCAAUGACAGGCGGACUCAUCUCGUCCAACUCUGUGUCGCUGCUGAGCGUGCUGAGCAGAGAGAGCACAAGGCCGGGCGUGUGGCUGGCGCCGAACAUGAGCAUCCCUGUGGCCACGUCUCGGACCAGUGACCCGGGCCACUCUAGCGGCGCCUCGGCCAGCUCCAGUGAAUCAGAGAGCAGCUCCGAGUCGGAUUCAGACAGUGAGAGCAGCUCCAGUGACAGCGAGUGUAACGGGGUCUCCCGGACCGCCACCCCAGAGCCUGAACCUCCAUCAACAAACAAAUGGCAGCUGGAUAAGUGGCUGAACAAAGUGACCCCACACAACAAAGCACUUAUCAGUACCCAGCCAGAGAGAGAGAGCCAUGGGCUCUGCAGCUCCCAGCCUGACCACAGCCAGCAGGCACCUGGGAGCCAGGACCUGGCCCCAGGAAAGAGCAAGCCUGGGCCCACCGUCCUGCUGGCCCAGACCGACGCCAAGGAACGGGUCCUCCUCAGCCCCAUCCGAGAGAAGGCCAAGCCCAAGACUGGACCAAAGGUCUCAGAGGGCAAGAGUUCAAAGUCCCCAGCAGCGGCGGCGGUGGAGCCGGCCCCAGCCAGACGCAGUAUUGGAAAGAAGCAGCCAAAGAAAGUGGAGCGCUCAUCCAGCCUGGAAGAACACAGCUCCUGGUCCAAGCCCAUCAACCCCUCCAUCAGCACUACCCCUAAGGAGAAGGAAACUCCGCCUCUUCUGGAGCCGCCCAAGUCCAGGACCAAGGGCACCAGUGGGAAAGCUGCCCCUAGGAAGGAACCUCGCACCACCACUACCACUACUUCUACUCCAGCUCAUCCUCCCCCAGCCCCAGUCCUGGACAAGAAGAAGCACAGGGGGCCCAGCAGGAUCCUCCCCAAGUCCAAGGAGUUCAUCGAGACGGAGUCUUCGUCGUCUGAGUGCCACUCUGAACCAGAGGAUCUGAUCAAGGUCCCUAACCCUCCCUGCCCAGGUCCCAGCAGCCUGCAGACUCUCAAAGCAGCCAAGGACUGCAACAGCAAUAUCCUGAGUGUCAGUAGCCUUACCAGCACCUGCAGCACUUCCAUCUCUAUCCCAGACCCUGGUGUGGUUGGGGGCUUACUGGAAGACCCCCUCUUAUCCCCUGUCCCCAUCGUCCAGAACGAACUGCUGUCCCCUCUCAGGGACUUUGAGGACAUCAAGUCACUGUGGGUGAAGAUCGAGCUGAGCUUCCUGUCUAGAAUCCCAGGACAGGACCCCCCUGAGCCCCCUCCUGUGAAGGUUGAGCCCCAGGAACACUGGGAACCCAGCACCAAGCACAGACACCAGUCCCCCGCCAGUCAACAGUCUACCCCUGUUGAAAAAAACCCUAGCAAGGCCAAGAGGAAACACAAGUCGGACCAUUGUAACGCUGUCGGCGGGAGCAAGAAGUUACGGUUGGAGAAAGACUCCAUGCUUCUUCCCCCGUGCAUCUCACCCAUUCACAACCACAAGAACAUUAGCACAAAAGACUCUCUGAGGAAACAGCCCAGGAAGAGAGAGCUGCUGCCUCCCCUGCUGUCGCCGCUCUCCGACGAGCCCCCCGUCCGCCAGCGCAGGACCAGCGAGUGUUCCUCCUUCAGCCAGGAGGGCAGCGCUAGUGGCGCCUUAUUACUACCCACCCUCAGCUGCUCUCUGCCCCCCUUCUCCUCCUCCUCCUCAUCCUCCUCUUCCUCACACAAGCACCGCAGCAAAGGAGAGAGCAAAUUCUUCUCACAUUCCAAGACAAGCAGUGAGGAAGAUACCCACAGCAAACCAUCUGGCAGUUUCCAUGGUAAUGGUCAAUCUGAUUCCGACCUUUGGUCCAACCCCUCAUCUCUGUCCAUGGACCACAUGGAGCCAAGAAGACCAAAGCUAACGUUCAAUAACAAAGUUCACACUGCAGACUACUACAUGCAGGAAGCCAAGAAACUGAAGCACAAAGCAGAUGCACUGAUGGAGAAGUAUGGCAAAGCUGUUAACUACGCUGAUGGGGCGCUGUCUUUCAUAGAAUGUGGCAACGCCAUGGAACGGGACCCGCUGGAGGCCAAGUCUCCAUACACUAUGUACUCUGAGACAGUUGAACUCAUCAGAUAUGCCAUGAGGUUAAAGAACUUUACAAGUCACUCAGCAACAGUAGCCGAGAAGAAAUUAGCUGUAUUGUGCAAUCGCUGUUUAUCCCUCCUGUACUUGAGAAUGUUCAAACUAAAGAAGGACCAUGCAGUAAAGUAUUCCCGUUCCCUGAUGGAGUAUUUCAAGAACUCGGCUAAAAGUUCCCAAGUACCUUCGCCAUGGGGAGCCAAUGGAAAGAACACAGGCACCCCGUCGCCCCUGUCUCUGAGUCUCUCCCCAGUCAGUUGGGGCAGCAGCAGUACGGGCCCUGCGGGCUCCGGGGCCUCCGGCAACGUGGCCAUCCCCCAGCGCAUUCACCAGAUGGCCGCAAGCCACGUCAACAUCACCAACAACAUUCUCCGGAGCUACGAGCACUGGGACACAGCAGAAAAGUUGGCCACAGAGAGCCAAGAGUUCUUUCAGGAGCUGGACUCAAUGAUGGAACCUUUGAGCCAACACAGCAGCAUGAUAGAACUUGUGCGCUACAUACGUCAAGGACUGCACUGGCUACGGAUAGAGGCCCACUUGUUAUAG